AUGAACCCCGGUUUCCGGUCCCAGGCUGUGUGGAGUGGUGGAGUAGCCGAGGCACUAUCUCGACGCCAGCCCGUUCCCCAGCAUUCAACACACGUCAAUCCAAUCCCUUCUUUCGCAUAUCCUGGAGUAGCGGCUCGAAUCGACCGCAUCCUCUACAAGUACGCUGCCGAGGGCAACGACACCAAAGACAAGGUUUACGGUGCUUCCUUUGUUAUCACGGACCGAAACGGUGUCGUCUACUCUGGCUCAUCCGGCCGCAUCAGCGCCGAGACGUCAUCGGCUCCCUUCACAGACACAUCGUUCAGUUGGGUCGCCUCUCUCACCAAGCUACUAACAUCUACUGCCCUCCUUCAGCUGGUAGAAGAUGGCAAGCUCACACUCGAUCAAGAUUUGCGCCCUAUCGUGCCGUAUCUCGCCGAGGUGCAGAUCCUAGUCGACUUUGGUGACGACAACAAGCCCGUCAUGGAAGAAAACAAAAGCCCCAUCACACUCCGACAACUCCUCACACACACAGCUGGCUUCAGCUACGAGUUUGCCGAUCCCACGCUCCUCAAGUGGUCUCGCCAACAAAAGCGCCAGGUCUGGCGCAUGCGCUGGUCGCGCGAGGAGGUCUCGACGCCGCUGCGCUUCCCGCCCGGCGAGUCCUGGGGCUACGGCGUCAACACGGACUGGGCAGGGCUGGUGCUCGAGGCCCUCACGGGCCGCACGCUCAACGACUACAUGGGCGAGCACAUCUUCCGCCCGCUGGGCAUGAGCGACUCGGGCUUCCGCCGCGCGCAGCUGCCGCAGACGGCGCGCCGCACCGUCCGCGCCGCCCUGCGCAACCCCAAGACGGGCGAGCUCAGCGACGCCUCGACGUGGGUGAUGCCGACGGACCACGAGGUCGACAGCGGCGGUGGCGGGCUCUUCACCACCGCCCGCGACUACGCCACGUUCCUGCGCGGCCUGCUCGCCGGCAGGGUCCUCGGGGGCGAGACGUUCCGGGAGAUGCUCCGGCCGCAGCUCGACGACGCCAAGGCCGGCUACCUCAAGGCGAUUGCCUUUCACCCGUCGGUGCACAACACGUUUGCGCCAGAGUUCACCGGCGAGCCGCUCCCGCUCAACCACGGCCUCGGCGGCCUCCUUAACAUGGUGGACGUCCCCGGCAAGCGACGAGCGGGCAGCAUGGCCUGGAGCGGAAUGCACAACUGCCGUUGGUGGAUUGACCCCAAAACGGGGAUUGCAGCGGUGCUGGUCGUCAACAUUCGCCCCAACGGCGACCCCAUCGUGGCCAAGCUGUACGACGAAUUGGAGUUGGCAACGUAUGAGGUGCUUUCUUCUUCUAAGAGCAAGAUCUAG